AUGCUUCUGCUCGACUACCAGAACGUUCUUCUGCAGUCGGUGCUGACCGAGAGAUUCUCGGGAGCUCCCCCUGUCUCCAUCGACCAGACGGUCUCCGACUUUGACGGCGUCACAUUCCAUAUCUCUACUCCCGAAGCAAAGACCAAGAUUCUGGUCUCCAUCAAUAUCAGAUGCUUUAAGGAAUUGGUCACCUACGGCGCAGAACAAGUGCUGAAUCGCGAAUACGGCCAAUAUGUUGUCCCUCCGGAGCCUGGCUACGACUUCUCGAUCUUGGUCGACCUGGAGAAUCUGCCGGCCGAGAAAGGCAUGUCCCGCAAUUUUCACCGAUAA